UUACCUUGACUCUUGAAGUCAACAGGGUAUAAAGUGUUUGCUAAAUAUUUCUCAACUAAUAAACCAGUCUGAGAUUAUUACUUCAUCACAACAAAUCAAGGUUUGCUUACGAUUUUUCCUUGAUAAAAUGUUUGAAUAUAUAUUGCAAAUAUUCAUAGGAAUACUUGUGAUGCCUGGAUUUGAAACUAAAUCAAUCCAAAAUAAAACUGAUGAAGAGGAUUCUCUAAUUGGUGUCAUAGCUAAGCUAGAGAAUAAAAUUGAUAAUUUGACACGAAUUGUAAAUGAAGGAAAGCAAAUACAUGAAAAACCUGUGCUAUUCUUCGUUCGACUAUCUAAAACCAUCACUUUGAACAAAGAUUCGAUUGUUAAAUUUGACGAGGUUAUGCUAAAUGAAGGGAACCACUUCAACUCCGGUGAUGGUAUAUUUGUGUCUCCAGUGACAGGGAUCUUCCAAUUCACAUGGACAUUACUGACUACUACAAGCCAGGUAGUAGAAACUGAACUAAUGGUAGACAACGUUGUAGUGGAUACAUUAAUCGCGGCAUUAUAUUCAAGUGGCAAUAUAUCUGGAACUAAAAUAGUUCUCUGCAAGGUGAAGAAGGGGGAUCACGUAUGGAUCCAAACAAGCAGCGUUUACACAUCGAACUAUUUUUACAAGGCAAACGCCGCUAAAAGUUCUUUCACCGGCAUGCUGAUUUAUACAUAUUAACAAUGAGCUGUAUUGAAAUUGACGACAAAUGCAUUUAUAGUAAGAAACUAUAAACAAAAAUGUAUACUCUACUUAAAUCAGCUAUAAAGUUUACGUUUGAA